CAUUUGAUAUGAUCCAUGUAUUUAAUGUUGAUAAAGUCAUUUGUAAAGUUCUAUUCGAUUAAAUAAUUGUGAUCCAGAUUUAUAAAUAUGGCUGCAUCCACUGAUGUAAUUACGGCUCGUAUGCAGACAUACCUGAAUAUGCCGUUGGUACAACGUUGCAGAGAAAUAGCUAUUUUAAUUGAUGAAUCGAGCACUACCGAGCUCCAACAUGUAUUUCCAGUUUUGGUAGAUUCAAUAUUCGGCAUAACAGAUAAUUGUGGAUGGUGCUUACACUUGAUUACAAUGAAAAAAAAUCCACACGAGUAUGAAGUACUCUGCAACUUUCUCAGUCCACAAGGUCCCAUGUUUUCGUUGUGCUACAAACUGUUGCCGGAUUGUUACUUGAAAUAUAAUUUUUUAGUCUCGUAUCUGCCGACGACAAUUCGUUUAAUGUUGGAAGAUGGUCUAAUACCUCCAUUUUACUUGGACAAGAUCAAGGAUGAUCAGAAUACAAGAUUUAAUACCGCUUUAUCAAUGAAUCCAUUCGAGUAUUACAUAUUUCACUUUGCAUAUCAUUUGACGAAUCCUUGGUUACAAGUACUGCAACAAGAUAAUGUUUGGGUGAAUUGGGAAACUGUGUAUGUACAAUUAGCACAUUGUUACCUCUACCACUUUUUGCCAAAAGACAACUCGACUGUUCUUCCUAUUAUCGGACCAUACAUUAAAAAAAUACCACGAAAACUUAUGCAAUCUCCUGAGACUAAAAGAGAUUGCAACAGGCUCCACACACCACGACUCUUGAGAACAUCGAUAUUAUCGCAAGGAUCUACAAGUCCGACAACGGGUGUACAGCAACAGCAGUGUCUACCGCAAGUGUGGCGAAGUGAAACAGUGGUUCAGGUGUUUUUAGAUUUUUGGUUUGAGUAUACAGACGAGAAUCAACGUAUCUCUCGUUUUAGCACACAACUAUCAGCACCUGUUACAUGCAGACACAGUAUCCACUCUGGAGAACAUAUUCGUCUUGUCAGGGCAUUCAUAAAGACAUUACAUGAAUUUGCAAAUAGUGCGACUGGAGAUAAAAGUGCAAUGGAUGAGUUGAAAAGGGUUAUAUUGCCAUCUGUACAAGGUAAAAUUUAUACGUUUCUUCGAAAAGCGAUUCAUCAUUGGCCACUGGACAGUUCAUUCAGAUUAAUUCUUGAGGCAUGGUUAAGCUUUAUUCAACCAUGGCGAUAUGUUCCAGGACUAUCUUAUACUAGAGAAGGCAAACCCGAAGAAGAGGAAAAAGGAAAAAUACACGACGUUGCUCGAUGGAUUCCAUUUGUUGCAAACAACUUAUUAGCAUAUACUGCAAUAUUUCAACAAUUAUUACCACGCUUCAUGAGAACAGAUCUUGUUGCACCAAAAAAUGCCCUGAUGUUGUUCAGAGUCACAAAGGUGUUUUCUCAGCCUUAUCUAGCAAAGAUGUUGAUCGAAGUGGAAAGUUGCAUUGAUGACAUUGGAAUAAGUCGAGGCAGAAUGCAAACUAGUCAGUGGAAUGUGUUGGUGCGACAGAAGAUUCAGGAGUUGGAAGGACCGUCAUAUCAGUAUGUUCCAAUGUUUUCAACGACCACAGUAUCUCAGGUCGUUUGGUUUCUGAGUACGAUUAAGCAGGCACAUUUGACAGCAACCAGUUUAGUGGAGGCUCUGGAGAAAAGAAGAACUAACAGACGUUUAGUAACUUUCUUAUGGGAAUUUUUCAACGGUGAAGACCAGUCAUCCGAUGACAUAAGUCUCGAUGAGAGACGACGAGUACCCAUAUACCUUGCUAACGCGCAGCAACAACUUAUUGACAUAUUCCAAAUAGAACUUGAUGACAUUCCACAAAUUGCUAUCGUCGCUGACCAAGAAUAUCAUGAUAGUAUUCUUUCCACAUCAUUUUGUCAGCAUUCGCAGGCUGAAACAAGCAUGGAUACAAGUAGGCCAGGUGUAUACGUUCCAAUUCAGGACGGAAGACAAACUUGUCGUUACAUUGAAUACAUGGGAGAUCCUGAACUGCAGCCAGUGCGAACAAAUGAGAACUCUUUUCUAGUCAGAAAUUUCUAUCGGUUAUGCAGUCAUUACAAUAGGAAGUAUGAACGUGAGUUAAUAGCAGCAUAUAGCAGAAAUGAUUUCUUUGGCAGAGUCGUUAGGCAAAUUUUGGUGCCACCCACAACUGUCAUAAAGCUGCCGAAGAGAGUAGGUUGUGAAUUUUCCAGUGGUUGCGAAGAGAAGUUACCUCCUCGAAUUAGUUUACGACCACUCUCUCGGUAUGGCUUUCUCCUAUUUAUGACCAUCGGAAUGUUCUUUUCCUGGAUUUUCGGAUACGGAGCACUGACGUUUCCAGUUCUCCUUUUCUUUCUGUGGGUUGUACUUAUACUCAUACGUGCUGUGUUCGAACCUUGGAUGCGAUCUGACAUAGCCUCGAUGAGGCCAAAUGCAUCGGCCUUUCUAAAUUAAGUCACCUAUAUAUAUAAUUUAUACCGAUAUAUAUAAUUUAUACCUCGAAAGAGUAAUUUAGAACACUUGAAUGUAAUUACACAUAAUUAGAACGGUAACAUUUGUAUAUCUUUUACAGACUCGAAAAUAAAUGUAUUGCACAUGGCUGUAUAA